UAUAAUAUAUUUAUAUAUGUAUAAAUCAUCAACUUAUAGUGAAAUUUAAAUUCUUCUCUAGGAUGCAUACCAUAUAGUCCGCUAUAGGGGCAUGACGAAUGUGCUUGAAUGGAACGACGUCAUCUUGCCCUUUCUAAAAAGGGCAAGAUUGGAUUCGAUUAGGCAUUUUAAUGGAAUCAAGAUCGACCGCCAACUCAUCACAGCAUUGGUAGAUAGAUGGCAAAAGGAGACACACUGCUUCAAUUUUCGUGAAGGCGAGUGCACCAUCACACUUAAGGACAUCGCCAUCCUAACCGAUUUGCCCAUCAAUGGUGAUGUUGUUUGUGUGGACUAUACGCCACCACCUAAAGUUGUUGCCAAUAUGAGUGGUUGGCAGCAUUUUAUAUGGACGGUCAUCGGGUUGUGUCCGCCAGAAAAGGGAGAUCACGAUGCGGAUGGUCAUCCACCAUUGUCCAAGGGCCAAGUAUCCAUCACGUGGUUGACAGCGGAGAUCAGGCGUAAGCACAACCCUGAGUUCGGAGGCAUUCCCCUCAUGGAGGAAAGUUCAGAGCGUGAUAAAGACAUUUAUGCACGUAUCUACAUCCUCGGCAUGAUCAGAGGAGUUUUCUUCCCCAAGAAAUCCAACAACCUAAUCAGCAAUUCAUGGUUAAGAUCAUACUUGGGAGUUGGGAUGAUAUGGGAAACCUGAGCUGGGCAUCUGCUUGCCUAGCUCAUCUCUACCGAUCCCUCUGUAAUGCUAGUGCGAGAGCGAUGAAGGAGAUUGAUGGGGCCAUGUUUAUCGUCCAAUUUUGGGCUUGGGAGCAUUUGCCAUGGAUUGGGCCGAAGGUAGACCCCGACAAGGAAUGGGGUCCCGACCAUCCCCUACCACAUGAAGCUUAUGGUUGUAGGUAAAUGUUUUCUAUCCCACUCAUAGUUCUCACCUUUUUUUUACUAAUUGGGUAUUUUAUAUAUUAACACUCCAUACUUUUUUGGCUUGAAUAGGUGGCUUGGUGAAAAAACAUGCGACAACCUAAGAGCGCAUAAGUUGGAGGAGUAUCGUAGGAGGCUUGAUCGCCUUUGGGAAGCAGAGGUGAGCAUCAUAAUACGCUAUUCCUACUUUUUUUUAACUUAUAUUAUUAUGUUGAUUAAUGGUCUAUUUUUUAUGCACCUUCGUAGCUUAAGUUCGAUCCGUAUCCAAAACGCAUUGUUGCGCAUCACGUCCACAAGUUCCCGUUACAUCUCGGUCACCGGUUUAUGUCUGGACAUGGUAAACCGCCGCCUGAUGGGACGGUUUAUCAUGCCUACAUUUAAACGCUUCCUCUUGAAGCGUUUUGUGGUAGGGUUAGUAUAUAACCGCGCCUUCUAGGAGCGGUUUUAGCUGGAAUUUAAAAACGCCUGUUGGCGAAGCGGUUAUAAUGUAAACCGCUGCCAGGAGGCGCGGUUUCUAUGUUAACCGCCCAUUAGAGGCGCGAUUUUUAAUAAACGAUGGUAUUUUUGGAAAUUGUUGGGAAUGGGUGGUAUUCUUGUAAUUUUUUUUAAACAGUGGUAGUUUUGGAUUUUUUUCCUCAAAUUCCAUGGUAUGAGAGUGAUCCUAAGAAGCUCUUUUUCGUCAUUGCACCCAAUUUAUCUUCACAUUAUGUGUAGAUUGUCACAAAUAAUUACUAUAUUUGUGACAAAGGUCGAUGUUUUGGCUACACAUAUGUAUUUUGUCGAAACUGAACCAUACAUAUGGUACAAUUUAAUAUUUAAUGUUUUAAUAAGUAUUAUUUCAGUUCCAAUUUCACAAUUAAUCACUUUCUAUAAGAUAUAAUAAUUUAAGGUAAAAUACAUUUCCUACUUGGUUGAAGAAGCUCUUUCUGUGAAUAAAAAAAAAGAAGCUCUUUCUAUAAUAUACAUUAAAACAAGGGGUGUGCCUACGGUGACAUGCAUGUCACGGUGACUUGCACUUUCCGGUCGACCUCAGUUAGGAUUAGGUUGACCUCAUUUAGAAUUCGGUCGACCUCAUAUAGGAUCUGGUCGACCUCAUUUAGGAUUCGGUCGACCUCAUAUAGGAUCAGGUCGACCUAAUCUAUUGUUUCAGUGUAAAAACAAUUCAUUGUGCCUACUUUGGAUAUUCAUAUCAUACAAUUGGCUAGAUGGAAAUUGAAGACUAAUGAUUUGUUUUGAAGCUGGAGUAUCCCACUACAUAUUGAAGUGGAAGAGAGCUCGAUAGGAAGUCCAGAAGACCAUUUUUGAACCUCAUCAAAAGGCUAUGCCAAAACUGGGAAACUGCCUGGAAAUGGCUAAGUCUGGAAACGUGUUUGUGAAGCCUAUUUUGGAGCUCAAUUCGAGAAGCAUGAAUACGAGUCGAGUCCAGGGGUCUCUACCACAUUAAAUUAGGUAUGUUUUUAUACAAAUUCAAGGCAUUGGAUGAAAGAUUGGAUAUCUGUAAGGCUUCAAACAAAAGGGUCAAAGUUGCUACGAAGGCUGUUUUUCUGGCAGACUUCGAGCACAAGCAAGCUGCCAGAAAAACAGCCUUUGUAGAAACUUCGACCCUUUUGUUUGAAGUCUUAAAGAUAUUUAAUCUUUCAUCCAAUUCCUUGCCUUUGUAUAAUAAAAUACGUAAUUUAAC